UUGAGUCAGGUUUGUCGUUAUUUAUGAAAUUAUAUUGUGUUGCAGUGAUAAAUGAGAAAUUAAGCUGAAUGUGCAGUGCAGAUCUAUAAAACGUGGUUUCUACAGACGAGUAUUCAAACAGUGGUGAGACAACAUUCAGAUUAUCAAAGUGUUAUCAGUAUAUACUUAUAAUGGCGUCGGCUUUAGAAAGUGCGUUUACAUGGAAGUUAUAUCAGAACAUUGCUAAAUCCCCUGGAAACAUUCUGUUAUCACCGCACAGCGUGUGCUCGGCGCUGAUGCUGGCCUGCCUUGGGGCGCGAGGUGACACCGCAGCCCAGAUAGCCGCAACAUUAGGAUUGCCGGGGACCGACCCUGCCGCCUGGCACCGGCAGUUUAGCGAUAUGUGUGAGCAGUUGAAAGGAACUGAAUCUGAUAGUGGUGUCUUGAUUGCUAUAGCGAAUAAGCUGUUUGCAAGGUUAGACAUCAAAGUUAUAAAUAAUUAUUCAUCUGAGGCGACGAAGUUAUAUAGUUCUGGUACGGAACCGAUGGAUUUUGCGUCAAAACCUGAUGAGAGUCGAAUUGCUAUAAACCAGUGGGUAGAAGAGCAAACGAGUGAAAAAAUCAAGGAUCUUCUGCAGGCAGGCACAAUCAACGGCGCGACUGCCAUGGUCCUAGCUAAUGCCAUUUACUUCAAAGGGAAGUGGGACAAACCGUUCGACGUUUCUGAAACGAAAUCGAUGGACUUUUACACUACUGCAACAAAUAAGGUGAAGGCUGACAUGAUGAGGAAGAAGUUUGACCUUCGAUACAUAUCAGACGAUUCGCUAGGCCUUUCCGCUGUUGAAAUCCCGUACCAGAAUCAGACAAUGUCCAUGGUUAUAAUCAGACCAAACGAUGUAGAUGGACUGUCGUUUAUCGAAGGGACGCUUCAAUCCGAUGCAUUGCAUGACCUGAUAAGCAGACUUUUGCGUGAAAUGAAGAUGAAAGUUGAUCUUGGUCUCCCCAAGUUUACGUUCACGAAAGCUUCUGACUUAUCUAGAGUCCUUCCACAAAUGGGCAUAACCGACCUGUUUGAUCCUGAGAAAGUUAACUUAAGCGCAAUGACGUCAUCUGGAAACCACGCAAUCAGUAACGUCAUUCAUAAAUCGUUCAUCGAGGUGAACGAAGAGGGGACGGAGGCGGCAGCGGCUACAGCGAUGAUCUCGCGGAUGAUGAUGAUGCCGACGGGCGAGGCGACCUUUAUCUGCGAUCGUCCAUUCCUCUUCUUCAUCGUCAAACCGGAAACAAAUUCUGUUCUGUUUGUUGGUCGAUUUUCAUCACCUUAAGACAAAACCAGAAAUGAUGGUUUGCGUUGUACUUUAAUAACGAUAUCUUUUAUCUUGCUUAUAUGAAAAUUAUCCUAAUAACCUUUGGCUGUGGUCAAUCAAUCAUGUUAUGAACGUUCUCAUGGUUGCAGACGUUACUGAGUGCUUAAUAAUGUACUAAGAUGCUCUGUUACUCACAAAUCCACCACUUACAUAUUUAAAUAGAAACCAACCAUUUGAAUGUCUGUACAUUUAAUGUAUAGUAUAAAAGAGCUUGCGUUGCUAUAUUAUGACAUUGAUUUAAUAUUCAGAAACUUUGCGAAUAGUUCUUAUUGUUUAAUACAUAUCGUCGAUUGCUUGUACAUAUAUGUAUAUGCUUUCACCUUUUCGUGAUUAAUCUUGUGUUUUCAUGUUGUUUGACUUUAAGCGCGCGCUUCAUUAUCAUUAGUAUACCUAGCAAACAUACCAAUGCGAAGCUCUUAUUAUGCUACUUAUGAAACCAGGAAGCCCGUUCGGAUUGAAACCAAUGUCGAUUUCUUAUGAAGAUUACCGCUUGCCAAUUGUAUACAGAAAUGGCAAUUUAUAGAUUUUGCAGAAAAUAUUUGUAUAUAGCAUUGCUUGCUCUACUUUUGUGGCCGCUAUUUCCCCAAAAUCCUCUCUGUAAAGCUUGAUUUAAUUGAUGGGACAUUUAUGCGUUCUUGAAUACCAAUUAAAGUAUAUUCACAUC